ACAUGGCGGUCAGCAUCCGAGGCCGUCCGAUCCGAAGUAUUCGGAUGCGUGGUCGGAAUGACAGCGGGGAGGAAAACGUACCACUCGAUCUAACCAGAGAACCUUCCGACAACCUACGUGAAAUCCUUCAAAAUGUGGCCAAACCACAAGGAGUCACCAACAUGCGGAAACUGGGUCAUCUGAACAACUUCAUAAAGCUUCUUUGCAGCAUUGGUCACUGUGAGGAGAAGUUUGGGUUUACAUAUGAAGAAAUCAUAAUCUGCCUUCGACUAGCGUUGCUCAACGAGGCGAAGGAGGUGCGUGCAGCCGGCCUGCGGGCUCUUCGGUACCUGAUCCGGGACAGCGGCAUUCUCCAGAAAGUGCUCCGCCUCCAGGUGGAUUACCUGAUCUCAAGGUGCAUUGACAUCCAGCAGAGUAACGAGGUGGAGCGCACUCAGGCACUGAGAUUAGUGCGGAAGAUGAUCACUGUGAACGCCUUGCUGUUCCCCAGCUCCAUCACCAACUCCCUCAUCGCCGUGGGCAACGACGGGCUCCAAGAGCGCGACCGCAUGGUCCGCGCAUGCAUCGCCAUCGUCUGUGAGCUCGCACUGAAGAACCCAGAGGUGGUGGCUCAGAGGGGCGGACUCAGCACCAUCCUGAAGAACGUGAUCGACUGCCAGCUGAGUAGGAUCAACGAAGCUCUGAUCACCACCAUCCUGCACCUGCUCAACCACCCUCGCACCCGCCAGUACGUGCGCCCCGACGUGGAGCUGGAGCAAAUCCUUGCACCUUACACAGACUUUCACUACAGACACAACCCCGACACAGCAGAGGGACAGCUCAAGGAGGACAGAGAGGCGCGGUUCCUCUCCAGCAGGAUGGCGAUAGUGGCUGCCUUUCGCUCCUGGGCAGGAAUCAUUAACCUGUGUAAAUCAGGCAACUCGGGAAUCCAGUCCCUGAUUGGUCUGCUCUGUAUACCAAAUAUGGAAGUGAGGAAAGGGUUGUUGGAGGUAUUUUAUGAAAUUUUCCGCCUUCCUGUUCCGGUGGUGACGCAUGAUUUUAUUGAAGCUCUUGUCAGCGUGGAUCCCAGUAGAUUUCAAGACAGCUGGAGACUGUCGGAUGGCUUUGUGGCUUCAGAGGCGAAAGUAAUCCUACCGCAUCGGGCAAGGUCGAGACCUGACCUGAUGGAUAACUACCUGGCUUUGGUACUGUCCGCGUUCAUCAACAGUAGGCUCUUAGAGGGCCUGGUCGAGGUUGUCACCAGCAGCGAUGACCACAUCUCCGUACGGGCCACCAUCCUCCUGGGGGAACUCCUGCACAUGGCCAACACAAUCCUUCCACACGCCCACAGCCACCACCUGCACUGCCUGCCCACCCUGAUGAACAUGGCCGCCUCCUUCGACAUCUCGCAGGAGAAGCGGCUGCGCGCCAGCGCGGCCGUGAACUACCUGAAGCGCUUCCAUGAGAAGAAGAAGCGCGGGCCCAAACCUCACAGCCUCUACCUGGACCACAUCGUGCGCAAAUCCGCAGGGCACUACAGGAGAGACCAGCAUCUCCGGGUACACAGGGACAUCUACGUCAUCAAGGACACUGAAGAAGCACUGAUGAUGAAUUUGAGAGACAGUCAAAUCCUCAACCACAAACACAACCUUGAGUGGAACUGGGUUCUAAUCGCAACCAUAUUAAAGUGGCCAAAUGUUAACCUGCGGAACAACAAAGAUGAACAGAUACACAGGUUUGUGCGAAGGCUGCUGUACUUCUACAAGCCCAGCAGUAAGCUUUUCGCCGGCCUGGAGUUGGACCACGGCAAGGCCAGGCAUUUGACGGUGGUGGGGUGCCAGUUCAUAGAGUUCCUGCUGGAGUCUGACGAGGAUGGGCAGGCGUAUCUGGAGGACCUGGUGAAGGACAUGGUGCAGUGGCUGUCGUCGUCCUCAGGGCUGAAGCCGGACCGGAGCCUGCAGAGCAACGGGCUGCUCAACACGCUCAGCCAGCACUACUUCCUGUUCCUGGGCACGCUCUCCGCCCACCCCCACGGCGUCAAGAUGCUGGAGAAGUGCAGCGUCUUCCAGUGCUUGCUGAACCUGUGUUCCCUGAAGAACCAGGACCACCUGCUCAAGCUGACCGUGUCCACCCUGGACUACAGCCGGGACGGUCUGGCGCGGGUCAUCCUCUCCAAGAUCCUCACCGCCGCCACGGACAACUGCAGGCUGUAUGCCACCAAACAUCUGCGGGUGCUGCUACGCGCCAAUGUGGAGUUCUUCAGCAACUGGGGCAUGGAGCUGCUGGUGACCCAGCUGCACGACCACAACAAGGCCAUCUCCAUGGAGGCCCUGGACAUCCUGGACGAGGCGUGCGAGGACAAGGCAAACCUUCACGCGCUGAUCCAGUUGAAGCCGGCACUGUCACACUUGGGCGAUAAGGGCGUCUUGCUGCUUUUACGGUUCCUGUCCAUUCCUAAGGGGUUCUCCUACCUGAACGAGAGGGGGUACGUCAGCAAACAGCUGGAGAAGUGGCAGAAGGAGUAUAACCUGAAGUACGUGGACCUAAUCGAGGAGCAGCUGAACGAAGCACUGACCACGUACCGCAAGCCCGUCGACGGGGACAAUUACGUGCGGCGCAGCAACCAAAGGUUACAAAGACCAAAUGUUUAUCUUCCUGUGCACUUGUACGGUCAGCUGGUUCACGAUAAGACAGGCUGCCAUCUACUGGAGUCUCAGAACGUGGUUCCAGACCUCAGCUACACUGUGCGCUCUCCAAUGCUGGACAAGUGGGACGGCAUUAAGCAGCUGAAGGCUGCGCUCUGGGCCCUGGGCAACAUUGGCUCGUCAAAUUGGGGUCUGAACCUGCUCCAGGAGGAAAAUGUCAUCCCAGACAUCAUGGCCCUGGCCCAGCACUGUGAGGUCCUGUCUAUUCGCGGGACCAGCCUGUACGUCCUGGGCCUGAUCUCCAAGACCAAGCAGGGCUGUGAGCUGCUGAAGCAGCAGGGCUGGGACGCCGUGCGGCACUCCCGCAGGCAGCUGUGGCCCGUGGUGCCCGACGAGGUGGAGCAGCCCGUCUCCAGCGAGCUGUCCUCCGUGCCCAGCACGCUCAGCCUCAACUCCGAGUCCACCGGCUCCAGGCACAACAGCGAGAGCGAGACCACCCAGCCCAUCUUCUACACGCCAGACGAUGAGAAGUGUGAGGGGCCGGACCUGCUGGAGGACCAGUCGGUGUACCUGCGGUCCAAGCCGCUGAAGGACCGCAGCCCCUUCACCCUGCUGGCCUCCAGCCGCUUCGUCCGCAGCCGCUUCCUCAACUCCCUGACCCUCCCCAGCAAGAAGCUGCGCAGCGCCAGCGACCCCAAGGGCGGCAGCGGCCCCAAGGGCCCCGCCGAACUCAAGCUGGGCGGCCUGCGUCGCAACCGCACCGUGACCGAGCCCUCGCUGUACGCCCAGGGCCAGAGCGACGUCUUCACCCCGGUCUUCAACGGCAGCCGGCUGCCCAAGAGCCCCACGGUCAGCCAGGAGACGUCGUUCGUGGGCAGCAAGACCCCGGAGGAGCCCGGGGAGACGGAGCCGCGGCUGCCGCGGGCCGGGGAGAGCCAGCGCGAGCAGAGCAGCCGGGAGAGGCUGGCCUGCGACGGGUCCUCGUCCUCCGGCGGAGGGGCGCAGUUCAAGAGCCGCAGCCAGAGCUUCAACACGGACACCACCACCAGCGGCAUCAGCUCCAUGAGCUCCAGCCCGUCCCGCGAGACGGUGGGGGGCGUGGGCGGCGGCGUGGGCGACUCGCCCGGCGACACGGACUGCGUCAGCCUCAACACGGUGGUCAGCGCCAAGACCGUGAAGACCCUCUACUCCCUCACCCCCCAGUCCAACCACCUGCCCCUGUCCAAGUCCAACUCCGUGUCCCUGGUCCCGCCCGGGUCGUCCCACACGCUCCCGCGCCGGGCCCAGUCGCUGAAGAGCCCCUCAGUGGCGGCCAUCAAGAGCCUGGCGGACUGCAGCUUCGUGUACACCAGCCCGCGGGACGCCCUGGGCUACGCCACCCUGAAGCGCCUCCAGCAGCAGCGCAUCCACCCCUCCCUGUCCCACAGCGAGGCGCUGGCCUCCCCCGCCAAGGACGUGCUGUUCACCGACACCAUCACCAUGAAGACCGGCAGCCUGGACUCCCGGCUCACCCCCCGCAGGUUUCUGAAAGCGCUGAGUUUUGCUUCCUUGGACAAAGAGGACCUCCUCAGUCCCAUCAACCAGACCACCCUGCAGCGCUCCUCCUCCGUGCGCUCCAUGGUCUCCAGCGCCACCUACGGCUGCUCUGACGACUACAUCGGCCUGGCGCUCCCCAUGGACAUCAACGACAUGUUCCAGAUUAAGGACACGCCAUACUUCCAACAGAGGACCAGCCCACCAGCUGAGGAGAAAUCCUGCAAGUUUUCCUUUGGAGAACUGGACGGUCCAGGGGACGGCUCCCGGCGCUCCACGCCCACGCUGAGGCAGCAGCUGAGCAUCACGGAGCUCAUGGCCAACACUCGGGCCGACCCCCAGCUGGGCUCCGAGGAGACGGGCCUGCAGGAGCACCGCGACGACAACUGCCUCUACUGCGUGGGGGUGCAGGUCCUGGGCUGCCUGCCCCACAACCAGGUCAACUCCACACACAGCCGCACUGACUUUGGAGAUAUCCCGUACUCUGACUGGUGCACCCAGCCCAUCCACAACCACCUGGAGGUCACGCCCCAGUCCAAGUUUUCGGGGAUUUCUGGCUGCAGCGACGCCGUGUCUCAGGGCUCAGCCUGCAGCACUCCCAGCACUGAGAUCGUCUUGGGGGGGAAGAUGAUCCCGGAGGACGCCCCGGCCUGCAGGGUCCUCCUGAGGAAGGAGGUCCUCCGUCUGGUGGUGAACCUCAGCUCCUCCGUGGGAACCAAGGGCCACGAGACGGGCUUGCUCACGAUCAAGGAGAAGUUCCCUUACGCAUUUGAUGAUAUCUGCCUGUACUCGGAGGUGUCGUACCUGCUGGCCCACUGCCUGUUCCGGCUGCCCUCCCGACGCUUCAUCCAGGAGCUGUUCCAGGACGUGCAGUUCACCCCGAUGUACGAGGAAGCUGAGACGAUCCUGUCAACGCCACCAAAGCACGUCACCGUAGACCCCCCCUCUGAGUCGUGAUCCCCCCACGCCCGACUCCUCCCUGCACACGACCUCUGACCCCUCAGACGCCACAAAACCCGGAAUUCUCCACAGAACCCCUGUAGCUUCCAGCAGUGGACAGAGGGAGGGAGAGGAUGGCAGGAAGGAUGAAGAGGGGACCCAGCUCUCUUGCGGUGCAGAGGGGAGUGGGACGAAAAGUGGGAUGGACUGACUUUUUUUUUUUUUCACCGCGAACAAAACAUUUCUAUGAACCUGUUGCUAUUCCUCCAGACCGGUUUUUUUUUUUUUUUACCAAAUGUUUCUUCUGAACAACACGUAUGAACUUGAGCAAUGAACACAAGAACACCCGACCUGACAAACUGAACUUAAACCACCUUGAUGAAAAGCACCAGAUACUACGAUGUACCUUUUGUUAUGAGUUGUUCUUUUUUUUCCCUUCUGAAGAGGACUGUGUUCUGUUACCAAUAUGAAAUGACAAAGGCAUGCUCUUUUCAUCCCCACAUUUCUCGGACUCGUUUGUUCCUCGAGCUGCAUAAACACUACGAGAGGUUUAGCCUCAAUUUGGGAGAAACGGACAUUUUCUGCACUUCGGCGAGUUUGCCACUUCCAAGCUUCUGAUCAACGAACGCUGAGGAAUAUUCAGAAGAGUGAUUCAUCAUUAAUGUUUGUUUUGACUUUUUUUUUUGCUGGUUUGUGUCUCGACCUGAAACCCUUUGCUCAUCUCUUUUCUGUUUUCUUCUGGAGCUCAGCAGUUGUCUCCUGGGCUGAAAAGAAAUGUAUCCAUAGCUGAAGAGAGAAAAAAGUAUGAAAUUUGGAAAGCACCGUUUGCAGAUAACAUUUAUAGCAGUGUUGCCACUUAUUUUAUCGGUAGAAUGAAAGGAGGUGGAGGUAGGGGAUGGCGUUUGUAUUCAGUUACUGAACUAAUUUAAACAACAAAGAAAAAACCAAAAAUGCAUUUCAUUCCCUUAAAUAUGUUGUUUAAUAGAAAGUCUGGAUUAUAAGUGCCACAUUAUCAUGGGAAGUUCUAAUUGGACAGCUUGGAUAGAGGAGGAGUUCUGGAGACAAAAUAAGCCAUACCAAGUGAAAAAUACUGUUUCUAUAAAAUACUUAUAGAUCAGUUGUUCGUGUAUGUGUGUACAAAUAUUGACACAUACAUGAAUGAAUGCAUGCAGCAGCACACCAGAUUGAAUGUGAGAUGGGAAUGGACCCUAGCUUUCUGUGUAGAGUCAGACACCGUGUGUAGGCCUGACUGAACUGAGGUUCCCAAAGGGGAGAGGCACAUACUCACAUUCUCACGUUUUUCCAGAGGAAAGGGUUUUAACCGAGAAUUACUAUGUCCGCCUUUUAACCCUUCUCUGAAAACAGUCGAUUGGGAGAGAGUACAAACCUCUUGGGGACGCAUAGUGUUUCAAUGAUGCAUUUCACAUCUGAACAUUCAAGUAACUGCUAUGCAACAUGCCCCUUAAUUGAAACCAUACCAUAUUUGUUCCAAAGCGAUGGACAGGGUUUUGUUUUUUGUUUUGGUUUUUUUAAAGGAGUUUCUUGGCUGGACCAUCAUGAUUUCUUGUUUUGUUUUUUUGUUUUUUUGUUUUAAGGCAGCUUUCUGUUUUUUUUUUCUAGUUUGAUUCCAAUGAAAGUUGAAAGAUUAUGCUUUAGAAUGGUUUUUAAUUUAUUUUAGUAACUAAUGAAUUUAAGUCACUGGUACUUCCUUGAUGAGCUUUCGGCCUUUUUAAAACAUUGCAUCUUUUCUUCCUGGUACCUCGCAGAACACCUCCCUCUACCAGCCCGAGUUGUUGGUGUCUUUUACAGAAACGCUAUAAAAGUAGCUAUUUUUGGGAAAAUGGUUAAAUAGUUUUCCUCUUUUGUGUGCAGCGUUAACAUUGCAGUUCACCACUAUGACAGAUGGAACAGCCUAAAGUCAUCUGGAUAAUGCAGAGCCUGCUGGCUUGUUAACAUGAAGCAUUGCUUAAGUUGUUUCCAUGGACAUUGUUAACAUGAAGCAUUGCUUAAGUUGCUUCCAUGGACAUUGUUAACAUGAAGCAUUGCUUAAGUUGCUUCCAUGGACAUUGUUAACAUGAAGCAUUGCUUAAGUUGCUUCCAUGGAUAGUGGGUCUUGGUUUGAUUUUUUGUAACAUUGUCAUCAGUAGUGUGUGAAACAGUGAUUUUGGUGCUAGUUGAAACCACUGGGUUGUAGGAUCAAACUCCCAAGAAGCCUCUGCUGUACCUUUUACUUUUAAGCGAGGAUUCAUUUAUGGAUCACUCCAGAGAAACCCAGCUGUGUGACACGGCUUGAACAUAAAGCCUCACCCAUCUAAAUUUGGGGUUUGGAGACAUUCAACAUACUGUAAUUACACAAUGCAAUUGCUUGGUGCCAUCUAAACUGUAGGCUGCAAGUAAGGAUUGCUUCUGGCUCUAUGAUUGCAAUAACGAACUGAACCAACCCUAGACCAGGAAUACCAAACUGUGUUCCAUUGUGUUAAACCACAUCCUCUCCUCAUUAUUAAGCUCUAAAACCGCAUGCGCUACUUGCAUGACUAGUCUAAGCCACAUCUUUCUUACACUUUGUAUUUGUUUUACUCACAUCUUUUCCCAUGACAGUAGCAACAACUAAUUUAUUUCUGGAAAAACACCUGUAAUUAUUUGACAACACGUCUAAAAAGCAAGAACAAAAGAAAAAAUGUCUGGAUAUUCAUGGACCUCUGAAUUGGCUGACAACACAUGAUGUAGGAUAAUAUAUUCAGGCCAAGAUAUCUCUCCAUUGCUGGCUGAGACCAGAGAACGUAGGCUUAGUUAUUUAAGUAUUUUCCAUGGAAAAUUGGAGAGGAGGAUUCACCUGUUUAUUUUUGUUAAUAUGCUGCUACACAUGUGGAUUUUGUGAGUAUUUGUAGAUCACUGAAGGGAUGUGAGGCCUGAUCUAUAUUAUAUAUCUGUACCAUAGCUGAGCGCGAGAGAGAGAGAGAGAGAGCGAGAGAGAGAAGAUAUGAGAAAAUAAUUAUUUAUAUUUUUUCCUUACGAAAAAUAUUUCAUGAAGCUGUGUAUAAUUUAAAAGGAGGUUUUUUUUGCCCAGUUUGUGGUUUCCCUUGUAUAAUGUGUACAGUACUUUUUUGGGCAUUAUGGACCUUGAGAACCAUACAAUCUUAUCAAAGGGAUACAUUGGUAAUAAAAUAUACAACUACCCAGA